GAGCUUCCCCGUCGGGACUCCGGUGGCGAGGGGCGGAGGAGGCGGCGGCCGGAGCCGGAGCGGGGGGCGCUCGCCGCUGCCCCGGGGCCGGGACAUGUCGUCGGCGGCGGUGGCGGCUGCUUCCCGCAGGCAGUCGUGCUACCUGUGCGACCUGCCCCGCAUGCCCUGGGCCAUGAUCUGGGACUUCACCGAGCCCGUCUGCCGGGGCUGCGUCAACUACGAGGGCGCCGACCGCGUGGAGUUCGUCAUCGACACGGCGCGGCAGCUGAAGCGGGCGCACGGCUGCUUCCCCGAGGGCCGGGCCCCGCCGCCGCCCCACGCCAAGCAGCCGCCCCUCUCCGCCAAAGAGCUCCUGGCGCAGCAGCAGCAGCUCGGCCACCCCGCGGCGGCGGAGGCGGCAGCGCGGCCCCCGCCACAGCCCCUGGAGCGCUACUCGGUGGCGGCCGAGCGGCCGCCGCCUCGUCUGGGCGCCGAGUACGGCGGCGGGCGGCAGGUCAACGGCAUUCUGGUGCCCAACGGCUUCCCCAAGCCGGAGGAGCCGCCCGAGCUGAACCGGCAGAGCCCCAACCCGCGGCGGACGCACGCCGUGCCCCCCACCCUGGUGCCGCUGGUGAACGGCGCCGGGCUCCCUGCCGCCAUCGGCGGCCUAGGCAGCCGCGCCGCUGCCGCCGCCUCGCUGGCCGCCAUCUCCGCCGCGCCCGCCCCGAUGGCGGUGCCUGUCCCGCAGCAGCCGGCGGCGGCGGCGCAGGCUGCGGGGCAGCCCGGCGAGAUGGGGCACAAGCGCCCCAGCUCCGUCUCCUCCUCCUCCUCGGGCGGCGGCGGCAGCGGCGCGGCGGGGGAGCACGACGGCGGCGCCAAGGAGAAGCGGGGCUCGGCCGAGAGCUUGCCGGCGGCGGCGGCGGCAGAGCUGGGCGCCGAGGGCAAGGGCCGGCCGGGCGGCGAGCAGGAGUGGCUGGUCAAGCCCAAGACGGUGCGGGACACGCUGCUGGCCCUGCACCAGCACGGCAGCCACGCCGUGCCCCCGUUCGACAGCAAGUUCAAGAAGGAGCCGGGCAUGGCGGGCGGCAGGCUGCUGGGCUACGAGACCAACGGCGCCGUGGCCAAGCCAGGGGCUCGGGCCGCCCGGAAGAGGAAGCCUUCCCCCGAGCCGGAGGGCGAGGCGGGACCCCCGAAGAUCAACGGGGAGGCGCAGCCCUGGCUGCCCACCUCGUCGGAAGGGAUGAAGCUGCCGCUGACGGCCACCCCCUUCAUGUCGCCCCCGCCACCGACCGCCUCUCCCCACUCCAACCGGACCACGCCGCCCGAGGCGGCCCAGAACGGCCAGUCCCCCAUGGCCGCCCUCAUUUUGGUGGCGGACAAUGCCGGGGGCAACCACGCCUCCAAAGACGCCAACCAGGUCCACUCCACCACGCGGAGGAACAGCAGCAGCCCCCCGUCGCCCUCCGCCAUGAACCAAAGAAGGCUGGGCCCCGGCAGGGAGGUGCCAGGCCAGGGGGCCAACGCGGCGGGCGGGCUGGAGCCCGUCCACCCCGCCAGCCUGCCGGACUCGUCCCUCGCCGCCAGCGUCCCGUUGUGUUGUACCCUCUGCCACGAGCGCCUGGAAGACACCCACUUCGUGCAGUGCCCUUCCGUCCCCUCCCACAAGUUCUGCUUCCCCUGCUCCCGGCAGAGCAUCAAGCAGCAGGGAGCCAGCGGGGAGGUGUAUUGUCCCAGCGGGGAGAAGUGUCCCCUGGUCGGCUCCAACGUCCCCUGGGCCUUCAUGCAGGGGGAGAUCGCCACCAUCCUGGCCGGAGAUGUGAAAGUGAAAAAAGAGAGGGACUCGUGACUCGCCCGCUCUUGCCGCCCGACGUCACCUUGAACUCGAAUUCUGUAUAUAUCUAUAAAUAUAUAUAUAUAAAUAUAUAUAUAUCUCCAAGACAAGGGAAAUGUAGACUUCAUAAACAUGGCUGUAUAAUUUUGAUUUUUUUGAAUACAUUGUGUUUCUAUAUUUUUUGAAGACAAAAGGUAUGUACUUAUUAUAAAGGCAUUUCUUCUAAUUUUUUUUGUUUCUUUUUUUUGGGGUUUUUUUUUGUUGUUUUUUUUUUCCCCUUUUGUUAUAGCAACUAUUUGUUGUGCUUCCUUGGUGACAGUUACUGUUCAAUGUAGGCUGUGACUUGCGCUGCUUUUUUUAGAGAGCACUUGGCAAACCAGAAAUGCUUCUAGCUGUAUUUGUAUGCACUUGUUACUUUUUUUUUUCCUUUUUCUUUUUUCUUUUUCUUUUUUUUUAAAUGCCAAAUACACUUUCUGACAUUGUAAAGAUUGCCUUACUGUCUGUGAUUCCUUAUUCCUGGCCCCUGUCCUGUAGAGCUGGUCGCAUGCAGGCUUGGUCUGAGGUGGUUGGGGAGAAGAGUGGCUAGCCAAGGUGGGGAUGCCUGUUGCCAAUCCCACUGGCCAGGCAGGCUUAGGGAGCAGGAGGGCUUUCUCCCAGAAACGUGCAACUUGACUUGCAAUGGCAGAUGCACCAGAUCCAGUCCCAGAUUCCACCAUGUUUCUCAAGGGAAGUUGCCUCCAGAGUAGCAUGUGGAGAGGUGUCCGAGAGGCGCUGUUGAGUUAAGGAUUUCUGGGUUUGUUUGGUUUUGGUUUGGGGUUGUUGUUUGUGUUGUUUUGUUGUUUUUUUUAAGGCAAAGUUGACCGCAGUUCACGUGAUCAGUUGUAAGACUACAAAAUUGCAUUUAUUCACCAAUUGCCUGCCAUAACGUGGAAUUUUGAUAACGAACUUAAUGAUACGAUUGGCAAAGGUGCCAGCGUAGCACUGCCAUCUCUGAAGGUCUUCCUUGUCACUUCUGGGGCUUUUGUGUCUUUGGACAAAGCUGGGGAGGUGGGGGAGAGACUUGGUUUUCUUUAAUGAAUUUUACUUUAAUUUUCAGACAGUGCAGGUGGACUUUGAGUUUGCUUAUUGGUCACCUCUAGUGCUGUUGCUGUUGUUACUAUGGCUGACCUGGUAUUUCCAAGUAGUGGCAGGUACGGUGUGGUACAGUGACAGCGGUGACUGAGGCUCUGCCAGAUUGCCCGCAGGCAUAUCAGUGACAGCCCAAAUGUGGGUGGAGGAAACCUGUAAUUUCCUUAUUACGUGUGCUUGAAACAAACCUACUGCUAUUCUUUGAAAAUGAAAAUAUAAACUGGUUGAAAUGAAAGCAAUUAGGGCCGCACAUAAUGGCCCUGGCCCUGUCUUUUAAGCUACUUUGGAGAACUCUUUUGUAAAGCAUCUUCUUUUGAUCACGCUUCUGCAUCACCAAGCAGACUUCUAAAAUCAAUAAAUCAUUGGUUACUAGAAAUAGUUCGAGUCUUAUAGUGAUGUUUUUUGUGCUGUUUAUAGUUCGUUGGCAAUGCUGCAGCUGUAUGGGCCCUUCUGUUGAGGUGUUUAUAACUCGGUUAUAACUGGUUGUUUCUGAGCAAAAGGUUGAUGAGGUGGUCCCUUCAUGGGGAUGGGCUAAUAAACACCUUCAGUAUUUGAAGAGGAGGAAGAAAAAUCUGUUCAGCUGACUAUAAUUUGAAGAAUUUUGGGUGCUUUUUAGUCAACUGUUCUUAUUGUGAUAAUGUUCAGACUGCAAUUUGAUGCCGAGUAGGUCUUUCUUGGAAGACUUACUUUUUUCUUUUUCUUUUUUUUUUUUUUUUUUAAAGAAAUGGUCAUUAUUAGUAUUUGAAGAUCAGAACUGCACAUGCACAGUAAUUUUUUAUUAAGUGUUUAAUGAGCACACCCCCUACAUUGUGUUCCAUAUUACAGGUCAAUGUAAUAUUAGAUAAGACUUGCAUGAGAAACAAAUUCCUUGAGUCAAUAUUACGCUUUAAAACUUAUACCUAUAGUCAAGAUUGGUGUCUUAUGUAAACACAUUUAGCCAAUUUGAAGAGACGCACAUUAUAUAUAUAUAUCUAUAUAUAUACUUAUAUAUAAAAACAACAACUGUAAAGGAUUCUUUGGAACCACUAUGAUCUGUGUAAAUGUGUAUUUAGGCACUUUAUUAAAAAAAAAUGGAUUUUGAGCUGAUAGAUGGUAACAAGUUCUUCAAAGUUGCUUGGCAUAACACCUCACAUGGGAUGAAGCUCAUGUUUUUGUUUAAAGUGGUAUCCCUACUCUUAAAAAAAAGAAGCAAAACUAAACCCCCAAAGCUUCCCUAAAAAGGCCCCUUUUGUGUGAAUCAGGUGGCCCAGCUCAGACCCUGCUGAGGGCGAGACCUGCUCCUGAUAAAGCAUGCCCUUGUUUUGGGGCCAAGGGAUGUUGGUGUGACUGCGUGGAGAGGCCCAUAAGGAAAUGCACCUUCCUCCUCCUCCCUGCUGGCCGCCCCACUGCCCCAGCACUGGGAACUCCUGGAGAGGAUGGAAACUCCCUGGCUGGUGAUGUCAGGCGGUGGCCCGGGAACAACAUAGCUGGAAAAGAAGUGGCUCAUGGUGGCUGCGUUCACUCAGCUAACAUUCAGCCCCCAGCCAAAUCUAAUCUUCACUGUAAAAGUUCAGAACUGCAAAAGGAAAAAAAAAAAAAGAAAAAGUUUAAAUGUGAGUGUGUUCAUAAACAUGACUCAUUUUUCUCAUUUUUCUCACAUUCAAUGUUGCUGUUUUCCUUUUUGUAGCUUUACUGAGUCGAAGUAAUCCUCUGGUGGAUUUUCCUUUUAUACCAGUUUACUACUUCUGGGCUACAAGCUUUUUUUUAAAUGAUUUUGAAGUGGUUUAGCUGCAACACUGCUGCUGUUAAUAUUCCUUUAAAAACAUUUUUAAAGGGUGAUUCUGUAUUUUGUGUAGCAUUAAAAGUGUUUUAAUGAAGAA